CGAAUUUCGCCCCAAAAUUUUUCGGUUCCAUUGUCGUUGAAUCAUUUCUGAUUUCUCCACAGGUAGAUUAGUUGUUGAAGAGGUGAAGAUACUACGGUAAUCUUCUCAGAUUUUUUGACGGACGUCUUUGAGGUUCUGAGAUCUGAAUUGCUACUAAUUUUCGUUCCUCGAACUGGUCUUCUGGUCGUUUCUCGAUUUCCAUGAUCUGGAACUGAGAGCUCAAUUGUGGGAAGAGAUCGAUGGAGUGGACCACACUUCAGCAUUUAGAUCUCCGGCACGUCGGCCGGAGCUCAAAACCCUUGCAGCCUCACGCUGCCGCUUUCCACCCCCUUCAGGCACUCGUAUCGGUCGCCGUUGGCACUUACGUCAUCGAAUUUGAUGCAUACACUGGAUGUAAGAUCGCUGCCAUAGAUAUUGGAUCGCCGGUUGUUCGAAUGGCUUAUAGUCCGACUAGUGGGAAUGCUGUUAUUGCUAUACUUGAGGACUGUACAAUUCGAUCAUGUGAUUUUGAUACUGAGCAAACCUGUGUUCUGCAUUCACCUGAAAAAAGGAUGGAACGCAUUUCUUCUGACACUGAAGUCCAUCUUGCCUUGACUCCCCUUCAACCUGUAGUAUUUUUUGGUUUCCAUCGCAGGAUGAGUGUCACAGUUGUUGGAACUGUUGAAGGCGGGAAAGCGCCUACAAAAAUAAAGACAGACUUGAAGAAACCUAUUGUCAAUCUGGCUUGCCAUCCUCGGCUUCCUGUUUUGUAUGUAGCUUAUGCAGAAGGUCUAAUUCGAGCUUACAAUAUCCAUACAUAUGCUGUGCAUUACACUUUACAACUUGAUAAUACUAUUAAGCUGAUUGGUGCUGGUGCUUUUGCAUUUCACCCAACACUGGAAUGGCUAUUCAUUGGUGAUAGGCGUGGGACACUUAUUGCAUGGGAUGUAUCCACAGAGAGGCCUAUGAUGAUUGGAAUCACACAGGUUGGUUCUCAGCCCAUUACGUCACUUUCUUGGCUACCAGUGUUGCGAUUACUUGUCACUCUGUCCAAAGAUGGAAGUAUCCAAGUGUGGAAAACAAGAGUGAUGCUGAAUCCUAACAGGCCUCCUAUGCAAGCAAAUUUUUUCGAACCUGCUGCAAUUGAAUCAAUUGAUAUCCCUCGGAUUCUUUCACAGCAAGGGGGAGAAACAGUUUACCCACUUCCACGAGUUAAGGCUUUAGAAGCUCACCCGAAAUUGAAUCUAUCCGUGUUGCUUUUUGCGAAUAUGACUGGUGGUGACAAUCAAAAAAAUAAAUCUGCAUACACUAGAGAUGGAAGGAAACAACUGUUUGCAGUUUUACAGAGUGCACGGGGAUCGUCAGCGUCUGUAUUGAAGGAGAAACUUUCAGCACUUGGUUCAUCUGGAAUUCUAGCUGAUCAUCAGCUUCAAGCAAAGCUGCAAGAGCAUCAUCUGAAGGGGCAAAGCCAGCUUACAAUAUCAGACAUAGCACGGAAAGCUUUUCUUUACAGUCAUUUUAUGGAAGGUCAUGCCAAGAGUGCUCCAAUAUCUCGAUUGCCUCUUAUUACUAUUUUGGAUACUAAACAUUAUUUGAGACACGUUCCUGUCUGCCAGGCAUUCCAUCUGGAGUUAAACUUUUUUAGUAAAGAGAACCGAAUUCUCCACUAUCCUGUCAGAGCUUUCUAUGUGGAAGGAGUGAACCUUAUGGCUUAUAAUCUCUCUUCUGGAGCAGACACUAUAUAUAAGAAGCUUUAUACCUCGAUUCCUGGAAAUGUGGAAUUUCAUCCAAAGAAUGUUGUUUAUAGCAAACUGCAGCACCUGUUUCUCAUAGUUUAUGAGUUCAGUGGUUCAACACAUGAAGUGGUUCUUUAUUGGGAAAACACAGAUUCUCAACUUGCAAAUAGUAAAGCCACCACAGUUAAAGGUCGGGAUGCUGCCUUUAUUGGUCGUAAUGAAAAUCAUUUUGCAAUUCUUGACGAGGAUAGGACUGGGCUUUCUUUAUAUACAUUGCCGGGAGCAGCUAAACAAGAGUCCAAUGAGAAGAAUGGGGCAGCAAUUGAUCUAGAACAGACUGCAGAUACGGAGGUUGCCAAAGUUAAGGGACCACAACAGUUUAUGUUUGAAAGUGAAGUUGAUCGGAUCUUCUCUACUCCAAUAGAGUCAACUGUGAUGUUUGCUUCCUAUGGCAUCCAGAUUGGUUUGGCAAAACUUUUCCAAGGUUACCGCCUCUCAAAUACAGAUGGCCAUCUUAUACCAACGAAAACUGAAGGGAAAAAAGUUAUUAAAUUGAAAGUCAAUGAAAUUGUGCUCCAGGUACAAUGGCAAGAAACUCUCAGAGGUUAUGUUGCUGGCAUAUUAACUACACACAGGGUUCUUAUUGUUUCGGCAGAUUUAGAUAUUAUUUCAUCCAGUUCUAGAAAAUUUGACAAUGGGCUUCCUUCAUAUAGAUCCCUUCUAUGGGUUGGCCCUACACUUCUGUUUUCUACUACUACUGCUGUAAGUGUUCUUGGCUGGGAUGGAAAAGUGAGAACUAUUCUUUCCAUUAGCAUGCCUAAUGCAGUGCUGAUUGGAGUUUUGAAUGAUCGUUUGCUGUUUGCUAACCCUACCGAUAUAAAUCCUAGACAGAAAAAAGGAAUUGAAAUUAAGAAUUGUCUGGUUGGUCUUCUUGAACCGCUUCUAAUUGGUUUUGCGACAAUGCAACAAUACUUUGAGCAGAAGCUUGAUCUUUCAGAAGUACUAUAUCAGAUAACGACCAGGUUUGACAGCUUGAGGAUCACUCCAAGGUCACUUGAUAUACUUGCCAGUGGCCCACCCGUUUGUGGUGAUCUUGCUGUAUCGUUAUCCCAAUCUGGCCCACAAUUCACUCAGGUGUUGCGAGGGAUAUAUGCAAUCAAAGCACUGCGGUUUUCUACUGCUUUAUCUGUUUUGAAGGAUGAAUUUUUACGAUCUAGAGAUUAUCCACGAUGCCCCUCAACGUCUCAUCUGUUCCACCAAUUUCGACAGUUGGGAUAUUCUUGUAUCAAGUAUGCUCAGUUUGAUAGUGCAAAAGAAACUUUUGAAGUCAUAUCAGACUAUGAAAGCUUGCUAGACCUAUUUAUAUGCCACCUUAACCCUAGUGCUAUGCGGCGACUCGCCCAGAAGUUGGAAGAAGAGGGUGCAGAUCCAGAGCUGCGCCGAUAUUGUGAACGGAUUUUGAGGGUACGCUCUACUGGUUGGACACAAGGUAUAUUUGCUAACUUUGCUGCUGAAAGUAUGGUUCCCAAGGGACCUGAAUGGGGUGGUGGUAAUUGGGAGAUUAAGACGCCAACCAACUUGAAGAGCAUACCACAGUGGGAGCUGGCUGCUGAGGUGAUGCCAUAUAUGAGAACUGAUGAUGGUACAAUUCCAUCCAUCGUAACUGAUCAUAUUGGUGUUUAUCUGGGCUUAAUCAAAGGAAGAGGCAAUAUUGUUGAAGUGAGAGAAGAUAGUCUGGUGAAAGCAUUUAAAGCUGAUGGUGCUGAUACCAAGGCAAAUGGGCUGCAAUCAUCUACAGUGGCAUUAACGUCCAACCAGUCUAAAGGAGUGCCUGGGAGUGAACCUAUGGGUGGUAAUUUGAUGGGUCUUGAGAGUCUUACUGAACAGUUUUCAGGUUCUAAUGUAGUAGAUGAGCAGACAAAAGCUGAGGAAGAAUUCAAGAAAUCACUGUAUGGCACUGCUGAUGGUAGCAGCAGUGAUGAAGAAGAAACUUCAAAAAAGAAAAAGUUGCUCAUUAAAAUCAGGGACAAGCCAGUUUCUUCUGCCACGGUGGAUGUAGACAAGAUUAAAGAAGCCACAAAACAAUUGGGCCUGCCAAUGCCUAGAGCCAAGUCACUAACUGGUCCAACCCCGGAUCUUGGCCUUCUUGUACCUCAACCUGCCUCUGCUAUACCAGGAACUGUGACCACCUCUCCUGCUGUUUCUGCUCCUGCAGAUCUAUUUGGAACAGAUUCACUGACACAACCUGCUCCUCCGGUUAAGGGAGUUGGAAUGACAGCAGGGCCCAUCCCUGAGGAUUUCUUCCAGAAUACUAUAUCAUCUAUUCAGGUUGCGGCUUCAUUGCCUCCACCCGGGUCAUUCCUUUCAAAACUUGAUCAAAGUUCUCAGGCAUUUGAAAGCAAUAAAGUUGAACCAAACCAGGCCAGUGUGAUUCCAGCUGAUGUUGGUCUUCCUGGUGGAGGGGUUCCUCCCCAACCAACUCAAUCAAUUGCCUCAAAUGAGUCAUUUGGACUUCCAGACGGUGGUGUACCACCACAAGCCAUUGCUCCUCAAGCGAUGCAUCCUACUGCCCUACAACAGUCUCAGUUUCAGACUGUCCAUGUCCCAACCUCCACACAACCCCUUGAUCUCAGUGCUCUUGAAACUCCAGGAGCUUCAGCACCACCUCCUGCACGUCCGGCUUCUCCAAAAGCUGUGCGUCCUGGACAGGUUCCUCGUGGAGCUGCUGCUUCAGUUUGCUUUAAGACUGGGCUUGCCCAUCUUGAGCAGAAUCAGCUUCCAGAUGCAUUAUCUUGCUUUGAUGAAGCUUUCUUGGCUCUGGCUAAGGAUCAAUCUCGUGGAGCUGACAUCAAAGCUCAAGGCACAAUAUGUGCUCAAUACAAAAUUGCUGUCACUCUUCUUCAGGAAAUCAACCGACUGCAGAAGGUCCAAGGCCCUAGUGCAAUCAGUGCGAAAGAUGAAAUGGCAAGAUUAGCACGACAUUUAGGUUCAUUGCCACUUCUUGCUAAGCACAGGAUAAACUGCAUUCGGACAGCCAUCAAAAGGAAUAUGGAUGUGCAGAAUUAUGGUUAUGCCAAGCAGAUGCUUGAACUAUUGCUGUCUAAGGCACCUCCAGGCAAGCAAGAUGAACUCAGAAGCUUGAUUGAUAUUUGUGUACAAAGAGGCUUGUCCAACAAGUCCAUUGAUCCAUUAGAAGAUCCUUCUCAAUUUUGUGCUGCUACACUUGGCCGCUUAUCAACAAUUGGGUAUGAUGUCUGUGACCUUUGUGGGGCCAAAUUCUCUGCUCUAUCAACACCUGGCUGCAUUAUCUGUGGUAUGGGAAGUAUAAAACGAUCGGAUGCACUUGUUGUGGCUGUUCCUUCCCCAUUCGGCUAGAGUGCAUGCUUUGUUAUACAAUGCCGUCUCUCUUCCUCAUUGAAACACUGCAGAUAAAAAAUUCUCUUGAAAUAUGGAAGGGUUUGUUUGUUUGUUUUUAUUUUUUAUUGUUUUUGUACUUUAUAGAAAAAGGGAAAGUGGGAAAGAAUGCUGAUGGGAAUUGGAAAGGGUGGCAAUGUUGUAUAGCAUAGAUUAAUUGGAGUGUGAAUGUUUUGUUGUAUUGUUUAGAGUGAUUGUCCUUCAUUCCUCCACCCCUCCCCCCUCUCCACGCAGGGCUAGCUUAGUUAACCUUAACAUUUGUUUGUGCUUUUUGCCUAAUUUUUGAAAUUGAGAUUGUUCUAGUAAAUACGGAUUAUUAACGAUAUGCA